AUGAGCCUGCAGAAACACGAGUCUCUACAAUGCCUCCAUCCACAUGAUCUAUACCCUGACCACUAUCAUACUCGCAAUCAUACACGAGAUGUGUCCCCAGUGGCAGAAUCCAGCGCAGAUUACAGCAUGGAACAGGCACACAGUCGCUCACAGGCAUACUCCAACCAUGACAGGUAUAGCCCAGCAGUGGACUAUGGAUACACGCGUCGUGAAUAUGGAUACCCUCCCCGUGGAGAUUUCGACGAUCAUGGCAUGGGAAUUCCUCCCCAGCACACCAGAGGUUACUAUCCUGACCCCCACACUCAUGGGAGACAAGCAGGAUAUGGCACCGCGGACUCCAGUGGGCCGGUCACAAUUCACGCAGCCCAUACUAUGGACCAAGUCCCAACUUGA